UCAUUGCUCGUGAAGUCUACAAAAAUUAUCGAACCGUCCUGCACACCGAUCGGUUCAUUCUUUGUCAAUUGAUUCACGACCAGUUCGUGAUAAUAAACGUCUCUAGUGGCGUUAGUGUUGUUCUGUAUUCUUUGAACCUGCUGGAGACGCCGGGAAGGGGACCGAGCUGGCAAACAUGGGACGGACAACAUUCGUCAGCCUCUCGGGUUACCGUCUGUUAGCAAUUGCUUUGGCGAGCAUCACUGCUUUCUCUGCCUCAGCACUGGCAUCCUGCAGCACGUGUUCGUGCUAUGGCACCAACGUGAAUUGCUAUUCGAUCCCUGUGUCAAGUGUGACGGUAUUUCCAACCAACACCACCAACUUCACUCUUUAUAGAACCUCCGUAUCAAUUGUCCAAGAUUACGGACGGUUUCCCAACCUUCAUUACCUCGAUUUACGAAACAACCAGCUCACCUCAGUGGAUGAAGACCAAUUUGAAAACGCCACGAAACUCGAGGUUCUCGCCCUAGACGAAAACAGUUUCAAGUCGUUUCCACCCAAGCUUCUAUACAAACUUGUGGACCUUCGUCUUUUUGGAUGUAUGACGAACCAGUUGACUUACUUGCCAAACAACUUCUUCCUUAAAAAUCGCAAACUGAACGAAAUAUGGAUUGGAAACAAUAAAAUUAGUACUUUGCCUUAUGAUCUCUUCACGGGCUUGGUCAUCAACAAAUUCAAUGUAAUGGACCCACAUCAAGCCUACAUUGAUGAUUUAUCACUCUGCCCAAUCUCUCAAGUAGCAUCAAGAGGUCUCUCUUUUUUCGACCAAAAGGGCUUGAGGAAUGAAUCAGUGGAGUUCAUGCUAGACACAUGCAAAGGAGCACAUGUGGGAUGCUAUCAUGAUGACAACAGAACCAAGUUCUUCUGUGAGUGCCCGAGCGGGAAAAUCUACGGCGGUCGUGAUCUUGGCUGCCAGGACGUGAGCAUUUGCCGCCAGCAGUACAGCACCGAGUGUGUCCUCUUUCCAACAUGCACGCUACUGCCAGGCACCUUGAACUACAACUGCGUAUGUCUGCCCAUGCUGACGUUGUCGAAUAACGGAUCCAACUGCCAGCAGAUAAAUGAAUGUGCGAUGAAUACCUCGCUGUGUGCCAUGAACGAAAUCUGUGUUGAUACGUUGGCAAGUUACCAUUGUACUUGCAAAUCAGGAUACUACCGAGGUGGUGGGAAAUGCACCAACGCCAAUGAAUGUGAGGUUGCUGGAUUCACACCAUGUGGAACAAAUGAGGUGUGCAUUGAUUCACCAGGGUCAUACACCUGCCAAUGUUCAAGCGGAUUUUCGGGAUCUGGGAGAACAUGUUUGGAUGUCAAUGAGUGUUCUACAACCGGUAGCAGUGCUGUCACAUGUCCACAGAACUCAACUUGCUCAAAUACAAUUGGGUCGUAUGAGUGUAGGUGUGAUGCUGGCUUCCAGGAUAUUCUACAAUCCACAUCGCCAACAUCUCCUCGUUGUGAAAACAUUGAUGAAUGCUGUAAUGGCCAGGCUACGUGCUCUGCUGAAAUGCUAUGCAAUGAUACCGUGGGAUCAUAUCAAUGUCUGUGCAAAACGGGAUUCCGCUGGCAAGGAAAAGAUGACUUUUGUGAAAAUAUCAACGAGUGUCAAACCUCUGCUGAGAAUCCCUGUAUGACCACAUCGCAGUGUAUUGACACUGAUGGGUCAUUUGUGUGCCUGCCAAUUUGGCGUGGAGAAGCCCUCUUCUCAUCAUCGUCAUCCUGCACAGCAGGUGUUACAAGGACCAUGGCAACUGUUCAAAUCGCUGCGCUAGCUGUGGGAGCCAUAUUACUCGCUUGUGCCAUUGCGAGCCUUCUAGUGUUCAUCAAGCGGAGAAAACAGAAGCAGCGUGACAAGAGAAUGCAAUCAGAAAAUGCGAAGCACGAUCCAGAGCUCAAGGAGGUUAUCCUUCACCCCAGGCCUGACUUUGCAAGCCAUCCACGGCUGGGCAAUCCUCGAGCUCUACCUUCGACAGCCAACGCCAACACUGGACACACCUCUGGUCCAGUUGCAAGCAGUCCGCCGGAUGGGUCCACCAACAUCAAUUCUCAGCAGGCGCGAUACAGGGACACUUCCCAGCAAUGGGGCUUCGUCCGCAACGACGCAUACGGCAUUCAAGCGAACACAGGCAUACCACAAGACGGUGGACAUACCCCACAUCUGGAGUCCAACGGGAGAUUUCCCAGCUUUCAGGAAUCGGAUUAUGAAAUGACCACCUAGAUGGUGACCAUACAAAGCCCUCACUUUGCCUUCUCUAGUAAGUCAAUUGGCUUAUAUCUUCCUUCUUCUUUCUCUCACUAUCUUUAUCUCUAUCUCACUCCCCUAUCCCCCCCUCUCUCUCUCUCUCUCUCUCUCUCUCUCUCUCUCUCUCUCUCUCUCUCUCUCUCUCUCUCUCUCUCUCUCUCUCUCUCUCUCUCUCUCUCUCUUCCCCUGUCUGUCUGUCUGCCUGUCUGUCUGCCGAUCUGUCUG